UAAACGCGCAGCGGGUGUCGUGAGGGCUAAAGAGGCUGGUGUUGAAAAGAGUCGAAACAGAGCCCAUUGUGGUGUUGAAGAGGAGUGAAGCUGCUGCUGCCCGAGAGGAAGAGCCAAAGAGGCAACACCGUGACUAUAAAGGGACUAAGCGGAAAAGAUUUUAAAAAAGAAAACACACACGACACGGACGCUGCUGUCUGUCUUUUGUGUGCAGGAGGACCGUUGGGUCCAGUCCGGAAAGAGCCGGUACACGAAGAGUUAAAGAGUCGACAUCCCCCCAAGUGUUUAUUUCAAGCAGCUAGCAGGCUAGCCGAGCUAAAAAAAAACCCUUACGAGCCGCCACAGACGAAGGGAGCCCGUGUGAGUUUGAAUGAUAGAAAAUCUCCGUCGAGCUUUUGAGGGAAAGAUUUGAAGCAGCCGUCGUCGCGCCUCGUGAGUAGCCGCAACUUUGAAGAACGAAAUGAACUGAUCCUCCACCACAGACCCGGGGAGCAGAAAGUCACACAGGCCUGCUGGUUCGAGGUUGCUCACAAACACCAAAAAGGGAGAACAUGACUCACCGGCCUCUGCCAGAGACUGGCACGGGGCAGCUGUGCCAACCUCACCCCUGCCUGCCGCUUUAGAAGCUACCCCAGUACACCAUGACGGAGAGGCAUUGAGGUUAGCUCCCCGACGAUCGUCUCAAUACCUCUCCUCCUCCCUAUCCCUCAAGACCCCCCCACCCCCCUGCCCUUGCCCUGUCCCCAUCAUGCUGCGCUUCCUGCCUCUCAAACUUGGCCGCCUAUACCGCUGUCUGAAGCUCUUGCUGGUGGUGGGAUUGUUUGUCAUCUUGCUGAUGAACACCCACAACCUGUUCGCCUCCUUCCAGAAGAAUGAACUCACUGACAGACGUUUCAUCAACCUCAACAAGUGUCCCGCCUGCUUUGGCACCAGUUGGUGCCGCAAAUUCAUGAACGGCCAGGUUUCCUUCGAGACGUGGGGUCGCCUACGAUUCCUAGACGUCUUCAAUGUCAAGAAUGUUUACUUUGCCCAAUACGGUGAGCCCAGGGAGGGCACCCGGCGAGUGGUACUCAAGAGACUCGGCUCCAACCAGGAGCUGGCUGAGAUAGACCAGAAAAUCUGCAAGAGAGCCACAGGCAGGCCACGCUGUGAUCUCAUCCAGGCAAUGUAUAAGACUGAAUUUGCCCGCAUCAAUGGCGAUGUUCGUCUGCUCACUCCAGAGGUGGUGGAGGGCUGGUCAGACCUGGUGCACUGCCCCUCUCAGAGGCUGCUGGACCGCGUGGUCCGCAGGUACGCUGAAACCAAAGACUCUGGCAGCUUCCUGCUAAAGAACCUCAAGGACACGGAGAGAAUGCAGCUGCUCAUGACCUUGGCAUUCAACCCGGAACCGCUCGUAUUACAGAGCUUUCCGUCAGACGAAGGGUGGCCAUUUGCCAAGUACCUGGGAGCGUGUGGGCGCAUGGUAGCUGUCAACUACGUGGGCGAGGAGCUGUGGAGCUUCUACAACGCACCCUGGGAGAAGAGGGUAGACUUGGCCCGUCAGCUGAUGGACAUCGCUGAGCAGCUCACCAACAAUGACUUUGACUUCGCCCUCUAUCUGCUCGAUGUCAGCUUCGAUAACUUUGCGGUGGGCCCACGCGACGGGAAGGUCAUCGUUGUUGACGCGGAGAAUGUUCUCGUGGCAGACAAAAGGCUGAUCAAGCAGAACAAGCCAGAGAACUACGACGUGUGGUAUGAGAGCCGCUUCGAGGAGUGCGACAGGGAGGCCUGUCUGUCUUUCUCUAAGGACUCCCUUUGUUCCCGGGUCACCGUGGACCACAACUACUAUGCCGUGUGCCAGAACCUGCUGUCGCGGUACGCUACGUGGCGGGGCACCACUGGAGGCCUCCUCCACGAUCCCCCAGCCCACAUAGCCAAAGAUGGACAACUCGAGGCCCUGUUGGACGAGUGCACCAAACCCAAAAAGCGCUACGGCCGCUUCCAGGCGUCUAAGGAACUGCGGGAAUACCUCACGCAGCUAGCUGCCGCUUCCUCUUCCGCCACGGCGAGGUAAUAAAUGGAGUCUGCGUUAGCCCGACGCACUGAGAGACUAGAUCCUGUACUCUUUAUCGCCGGACUCUUGGGAUCCUGGUUCUUGUACAUGAUGUCAUUCGCUCCCCUUUGUGCACUGGAGCUUGAAGGUGUUAGAGGUCUUGCAUCAGGAAGUGUAAGAAUCAAACUUCAAAGCAGAUUUGUUAAAGCUCCGGCUUUUAACUGACUUUUACUCCUAUGUGGGGGGAAAGAAAAAAAAAAGAGUGCGGCACUAAGAGAUUCUGGUUGGAACCAGGAUAGAGAGGGGAUAGAGGUAACAUCUCCUCUCCUGGGGUGGGCUGCCAUCCUUGGGUUGGAGGGGGUAGGAAGGUGAGAAAGGGCUCUGGUAAACGCAUCCUUCACUGGACCAAGGUUCACGCAAACCAGAGCAUCCAUGCAACAUCACCGCACAGCCCUGACCACAUCCACCCGUCGUCCCGUUCACUCCUCAGAACUGUUGUGUUUCGUAACAUCAAAUCUUAACACCUGUUUCAUUUUGCCCCGAGGAUCUCUUGUAAGUUUCGUUUUGUGUUUGUUUGUUUUUUUUCCAGGGCUGAAUUUAAGCAGAUCGGUGCGUUUACAUUUUUGCUGUGCCAUGGCUUUUUUUCCCCCCCUCUGUAGCAUGGCUGCAGGAAAGGCGAAGGUAGCAUGAAUCUCUUGCUGUCAGGCAGCGAGGAAGGCCAAGCUACGGCAGGUAUUCGAGGAGAAGCAGGGCAUUGGAGCUUUGGUUUUUCAUGCAGGAGAAAAAGAAAACCCUUGACGGCUACAUAAGUCUAAUGUCCUGCUACUCCAAUCAAUCACUUGAUUUCCAGGUUCCAAGAUUGUGGCAAUCAUCUUUUCUUCUUUUUUUUGGUUCUUUAAUAGGAAACGGAGAGUGAGACAGCUGCACAUAGGAAAAGGAAGGGAAUAAUUGAACAGUCCCUUGAUGCAGAUGUGCCUAUACCAAAGAGGCUAUAUAUAAUAUUAAGAAUCCUGAGCAGUACAGAGUGACAGCACCUUUCCCUCCAGUUGUUCCCCACUAGAGCUGUCCAAAGGAACCGUAAUGUGUACACAAUCUUACUCGAGCUGGCAGGCCUGCAUCCUCAUUUCCUUUUCUUGUUUUCAAUAGGAACCUUAAACCAGAGGUAUGCAAGUCAAAGAUUUGCUGUACUUCAUGUCACAUAGGCUUCUCUGAUUUAACCUCCCAUUCGAUUGAUGAAUGAAGACAGAUAGGAAAAGAUGUGUUUGUUUGUUUUUUUUCUUCAAUGAGAAUAAUAAAAAAAAGAAAAAAAAAACCUUGACUGAAUGAAAGCAGGAAAUGAAGUGAUUCUUGAGGACUAGAAACACAAUAAAGCAGCAAUGUAGUGGCCUCCAGUGUCAAAUUCUCUUUAAAUGUCUGUAAUUGAUAAAUGGAUCCUAUUGACAAACUUCUCCCACCAGUGUUAAGUGCAGCAGUGACAAAAAAAAAAGGAAAUGAAGAAAUUACUUCUUUGCUCCUGGCUUCUGACCUGCACUUUGAAAUUCUGUAGCCCAGAACAUUUCCCUUAAAUAUUUAAACACUCCACCACUUAGAGGUUGAUUUUUACACUCUGUGGACUAGUAAAUUAAAGCAGAAUCACACAUAUUUGGUAAUUGGUUAUAAUAAGAUAAUAAAAAAUAAAAGAAA